AUGUCGCCAUCAUUUUCGACUUCGUCCACAGCGGCACGCACCCGGGCUCUCUUUGAGACCACGAAACGCGUUCUCGCCCAGUCUAUAAACGAUGGCCUGGUAGACGCAACAAUUGAGCCCUUUCCAACCUCUUCAAAGCCACAAUGUGUGAUUCUCCGGGGCAAAGAAGAUGUCGGGAUCUUGCCAUAUGCGCGGGUGGAAUUAAACGGCGUGAGAGUCACUGGCUUUCUCCGUCCAGAUGACCUGCAGCUUCCUGUACAAAUCGAACAUGCUACCGGUGGUCUUCAGGAUGAGGUUGAUCCAGGUACGAUAUGCCAAAUUGUUUGCCUCUGGCAAACUGAGAGGGUGAAAAGUGAGGAGUCUCUUGUGCGAGAGGUUCGCAACUCAGCGGAAAACCAGGACAAGUGGCUUGAGAUGGAGAAGGGAUUGCCUCGAUUAUCUUUGCGAUCGCCUCUGAUUGAUUGGGAGCGAUCAUGUAUCUUAGGGCAUCCCACUCAUCCGCUGCAUCGAACCCUUCUGGCACAACCGCCUCUAAAACCGAUUGACGCCGCUGAAUUGCCCACGCUGUUGGACCCUGAAGUUUCCUUCAUAUCAGUACCCAGGACAAGCUUACAUGUUACAGGGCCAUUUGAGCAGCUAAUAAAGCCCCUUUUCGAUAAGCUGGACGUUUUUGAGCCAUCGUCCGAGCGCAUCAUCGUCCCAUGCUUUUCCCGCCAGCUCCCCUCCAUCCGAGCUCACUUCUCCGAUGUAAUCCAUAUUAAAUCGGUCGAGCACUGUGCUCAAGCGCAUAUUUCUAUGCGGACUGUUUCGAUUAGACCUGAACUAGGCUUCACCCCUCACCUAAAGCUCUCUUUGAAUUGCCAGAUUACGUCGGGCCCGAGAACGAUCACUCCUUGGACUGCACUGGCAGGGCCGGUGGUCACCCAAUUUCUGAAGAAGCUGCUUCCUCCUGACCUAUGGGUUUAUGGGGAGAUAGCAUCCAUUACAGGCAGUCAGACAGACUUUGACAGGGCUCGUCAUCUAACUUGCAUAAUUCGAGAAAACCUUGAAAAUAAGGCUGAGCAAGAGAAUGUGGCGUUGAUUCCUGCUACUGGGUUAUACCAGAAACCCUUUGGUGAUGACCGGACCUAUGCAGAGAUCUUAUUCGAGUUGGAUACCUUGGACAGAAAAAGGGACUGGUUCAGACACUAUACCGCAAACCUGCUGAGGGCGCUGCUACCACCAUUGGCAUCUCAUGGAAUCGGCCUGGAGAGUCACAGUCAGAAUAUCGUGGUGCGAGUCCACCUGAAGACGAAAGAAAUUGUCGGGUUUGCUGUCCGCGACUUUGGCGGUGUCCGACUCCACCGUCCCAGCCUUCAGCGCGCUGGCUGCGACCUGAGCUCGGUCCCACCAGGCGGUCCUACGAUCACCGAUGAUUUGCAUUCGGUAUGGUGCAAGGUUCAUCACUCACUGCUCCAGGUCCACCUGGGACAUCUUCUCUACAUGUUGGGCUUGGAGCCGAACGGAGGAUGGCCUGUCGUGCGGGAUGAAAUAGAGCGAGCUCUGAAACCAAUUGAAAAUGAGGGAGCACGAAAGCUGUAUGCAUACUUUAUGAAGAGAACCAUGCAGUUUAAGUGCUUCAUGAUAAUGAGGUUAAAGGGGUUUAUCGUGAUGAGCACCAUUGCUAACACAUCUAAGUACUAUGAAAGGGAACUACCAAAUAUUGUCUUAAGGGAUUAA